AUGAAUAUUAAUGUUGAUUCAGCAAAGGAUACUCUUUGUAAGAAUAUUUUAAUCUAUGGAUAUUGUAAAUAUGAGAAUAAAGGAUGUGCCUUUAGUCAUAAAGGUAAUAAAAAGGAACCUAUUGCGAGUCCUCAACCAGGUAAUGCAGAUUUAACCGGGUCAACUCCAACAGUUUCAACCCCCACUACAAAUAAGAAGAAAUUCAAUUUAAAUACACCUUCAUUUCAACCUAAAUCAGGCAAAUUCUCCCCGAAAUUGGAUAAUGUCGCUACUUUCGUCCCACAAGAUUAUGAUGGAGGAAUUAAUAGUAUUUCAAUAAGUAAUGGAGGAAAGAAAUUUAACACUUCGGCCAAUGCAUUCACUCCUAGUUCUUUGGAUAAUCCUUAUACUCCGCCAAUAAACCCAUCCAUGAGUACCACAUCAGUGAAUUCACCUAUCCAAAAUCACAUCUUACCAAAUCUGGCAGGAGGACAAUCAAUAAAUUCAAAUAAUGGUGAAAUGUAUUAUAAUCAAACCAAUUAUCCUUUAAAUUACCAUUUAUAUGCCCCAGCUCCACCACCAAACUUAAGAAUUCCUUUACCACCUUAUGAAACUAAUGCAAAUGAUAUGUUUAUACCAAAUGAUUUAAGAGAAUCAUUAACUAAAAAGAAUGCUGCUACUUUAAUGACAUUGAAUAGAAGUAAUUUACCGGAAAAUAUUAAUGUUUAUCAUUCUUUAGUACCAUUAGAUUUAGAAUCCAAGUCUAAAGUAUGGAAAUUGAAUAGUGCUAUUUUCAAAGUAUUCUCAAACAUUGAUGGUAAUGCUUAUACUUUAAGAAAGAUCGAAUUUGAUUCAACAAUUGAUUCAGAGAAUUUUAAAACCAUUAAACGUUGGAAAAGUAUCAAAAAUAGUAAUAUUGUCAAAUUACAAGAUUGUUUCACUUCAAUAGCAUUUGAUGGUUUAAAUAGUAAAUUAGUAAUGAUUUAUGAUUAUUAUCCUGAAUCUAUGACAUUAUUAGAACAACAUUUUAAUAGAAAAUUAGGUUAUAAGUUAGAACCUAUUACUGAAGAUUUAUUAUGGAUUUAUAUUAUACAAAUAACUAAUGCUUUAAUGACAAUACAUGAAAAUGGUUUAGCUGCUAGAUCAUCCUUAUCUUUAAGUAAGAUCAUUGUUACUAAUAAAAAUCGAAUCAGAUUAUCAUCAGUUGGUAUUGAUGAUAUUUUGAAUUAUGAAAAUGAUAAAGGAUAUAAUAUUAAAACCAUAAUGAGUAAUGAACAAAAACUUGAUUUAAAAAGAUUUGGUGAUAUUCUUAUUGAAUUAUGUAACUUAUUAUUACCAUUAACUCAAAGAAAUGAUUUGAAUAGUUUGAAAUCAGUUAUUUCUAAUGAUUUAUUUGAAGUUAUAUCCAAAUUAGUUAAUGAUUAUGAAUUGAUUAAUCUUGAAAAAUUCAACCAAUUUUAUUUGAGUUCCAAAACCAUUAGAUUAGUUAACAAUUUACAAGAUUCUAAUGAUUAUGUUGAAAGUCAAUUAACAAGAGAAUUGGAAAAUGCUAGAUUAUUCCGAUUAAUAACCAAAAUCAAUUUCAUUAUUGAUUCUCCUGUUUUGAACUGGGAAGAAAAUGAUAGAGUUUAUUUGAUUAAAUUGUUCCAUGAUUAUAUAUUUCAUAAAAUGAGCGAUGGUAAACCUGUGGUUGACUUAUCGAGAGUUUUAGUUAAAUUGAAUAAACUUGAUGUGGGUAUUGAAGAGAGAUUCUUAUUAAUAUCCAAAGAUGAAAAAUCUUCCAUAUUGGUAAGUUAUAAAGAAAUCCGAGAUUUAAUUGAUUCUGUAUUUAGAGAAUUAACCAAAUAG